CAGAAGUUUGAAUCCGGCUCGGGGGCUUUCUGCAGCCGGCGGGGCAGCGCAGCCACAGCUCCGCGAGCGCGAGCAGCAGCGCCCCCUCGACCCAGCCAGCCAGCCUGGAUCCCGGGCUGCCCACCGCCACAAGCCCGCCGCCCCCAGCUCCCACGCGCUCCACGCAGUCUCCCGGCGAGGGAACCCAGCCCCAGUGCUGCGCCUCGGCUCCGCUGCAGCAUGUCCUCGACCGAGAGCCCCGGCCGCGCCGCGGACAAGUCGCCGCGCCAGCAGGUGGACCGCCUGCUCGUGGGGCUGCGCUGGCGACGACUGGAGGAGCCGCUGGGCUUCAUCAAAGUUCUCCAGUGGCUCUUUGCCAUUUUCGCCUUCGGGUCCUGCGGCUCUUACAGCGGGGAGACAGGAGCCCUGGUUCGCUGUAACAACGAAGCCAAGGACGUGAGCGCCAUCAUUGUUUUGUUCGGCUAUCCCUUCAGGUUGCACCGGGUCCAGUAUGAGAUGCCUCUCUGUGAUGAUGAAUCCACCUCCAAGACCAUGCAUCUCAUGGGGGACUUCUCUGCCCCCGCUGAGUUCUUCGUUACCCUUGGCAUCUUUUCCUUCUUCUAUACCAUGGUUGCCCUAGUCCUCUACCUGCGCUUUCACAACCUCUACAGAGAGAACAAACGCUUCCCGCUGGUGGACUUCUGUGUGACUGUCUCCUUCACCUUCUUCUGGCUAGUAGCUGCAGCUGCCUGGGGAAAGGGACUGACUGAUGUAAAAGGGGCCACACGGCCAUCCAGCUUGACUGCAGCCAUGUCUGUGUGCCAUGGAGAAGAUGCAGUGUGCAGUGCCGGGGCCACACCCUCAAUGGGGCUGGCUAACAUCUCUGUGCUCUUCGGCUUUAUCAACUUCUUCCUGUGGGCCGGAAACUGUUGGUUUGUUUUCAAAGAGACCCCGUGGCACGGACAGGGCCAGGACCAGGGCCAGGGCCCCAGCCAGGAGAGUGCAGCUGAGCAGGGAGCAGUGGAGAAGCAGUAAGCAGCCCCCACCUGGCUACUCCUGAACUGGACAGCACCUCUUCAACACCUCCGGCUUCCAGGACCUCCCUCUUCCUCCUCCUUCAACUCCCCUCCACCAUCAUUCUGGGCUUUGAGCUUUGAGAUGACAGAUGGGUAGGCAUGAGCUGUCUAGGUUAAUUAGGCGGCCCUCCUACUGACUUCCUAUCCCUCAUCUUGCUGGAGCCUCAGAUGGCAAGAGCCCAGUUCUUCUUGUCUACUGCCUGGACCCAGGCAUCUUACAUGGGGUCUAUUUGUGCCCUCCACUCUAUGAGAAAGAGCCUUUGCUCUCUGUAGGUGAAGGCAGGAAAUAGAGCCCUGAGACUGAUCUGUAGAAGCCACCCUUUUAUCAUCUGCUCAGCCUCAAUAUAAUGAGGGAAGGGGAAUUCAACUGGCAGCCUUGCCCCUGGUCCCUGUGUGGGGGCCCAGCAGUGGAUUGGCGAUACCCCUUAAUGGUUGUCAUGUAGUCUCUGUAUCUGCUCUCCAGCCCUCCCAGAGCCCAAUGUACUCCCCGUUCUCUUCUCUGGCCAUAGCACUCACCGUGUGUGAACCAAAGAGGCCCACUAGCCUAUAAAAUGGUCCUUAGAAGGUCUGCUUGAGGCCCAGACUCAGUGGGAGCAGAUGGACUGCAACUGAGUUGUAGCUUCAUGGAAGAAAGUCAGGAAAGUUGCUGGCAAAAUCAGUUUUCUGUCCCCUCAAUCCCCUAAGGCUGUAGCACUUUCAACAGAACUCUCAACUCUACUUACUAAUGAAAGCCUGCUUCCCUCUGUCCUCCUUGGACUUGGUGUUAUUCCACAGUUAGGAAACAAGAUGAGAGGGCUAGGAAUAUUUCCAUUUCAGCUCCACACUCACCCCCACCCAUCUCCCUUCCCCAACCUCUUGGAUCUGAGGCAUUCAAGAUCCUUUUUGAAGUCUGUCCAGGCCUUCCUUUCAUUCCUGAGGGGUCAGCUAGGGGCUUUGGGAGGACCAUCAUGAAGCUGAGGUGCCCCAGUGUCCCAGGAAAUGGAUGGAUGGGCCCAUUUCUCCGUUGCUCUCUGCUCUGUUUCCUUCAGCACCUUUCUUAGUCUUUCAUACUUCUCCUUCCUCAUCUUCACAAAAAGAUGUACCCUCUCUUGCACCCCCACCUAGUCCUCCCUUGCUUCCUCACUUCUGCCAGGCUUUAUCCUCUCCCCAGUCCAGGGCAGGCUGAUGCUAUUGGUGCUUCUUGACUUUGGGACCCAGCUCCAUAUUUGUCUUUAGUGUGUCUCCUCUUCCUGACACCUCCUUCAAGUCCCUCUCUGGGCGCCCCAGGCCUGAGAGUGCUAACUGGAUAGAUACCCACCUCAAAACCCCUCAAUCUUCCCCAGCAAUAGGACUGCUCAGGGAAAGAUGAAGGGGGAAGAAUCCAGCUAUUUCCUAAUGUAAUGCCAACUGACAUGGUUGACUUAGCAUCCCAAAGGUGAAUAUGUUCUGUGCCAACCUGUCCUCAGGACAGAAUCAGCCCCUUCACUCUCUCACCCUCCUCAAUGCCACCCAUAGCAACAUGUGCAUUACUUGGGUACCCAGGGCUUAGGACCUUUGACUUCAGUUGCUCAUUUCUUUGGAUCAGGAUUCCCCACUUGACAGGGGAGGUAUGAGUCAUACUUUCAAGUACUCCAGAGUCUUUUAGUAAAAGAAUCAGAAGUUUUUGUUUUCAGUUUUAGAGAAGGGAUUUGAGGAGGAAAGAAAGGAGAUGGGGAUGAUAAUAUUCCCAAGUCUGAAACUCUCUGUCCCAAGUUGUCCCCAUGGUUAAGGACCAGGGGGCAGUUUUGCCUAUACCUCUAGAGACAAAGAGAACAAAGAAGUGACCUUCAUUUUUCUUUAAGCAAAUCCCUGUGGGGAUCUGUGAGCAGCUUCUACUGGAACUUUGUUUUGAUUCUGUGUCUAUAAUUUAUUUGAAAUAUAAUGACAGAUAAAAUGUUCUCAUUUGGGGGCUGAAGUUAGCACCUGGCCUAUCAGCUACUUUAGAAAGAGGGCUAUCCACUCCUGCUGAUCACUUUCAGCCCAGAGGUCACUCACUCUCUAGGGCACAGAAGGCUCUUCCUCACCAACAGGCUGGUUGGUUCUCCGCCAGAAGAGUCGAUUUAGGCUGUGGUCUCUCUGAAUGUGGCCACUCUAAGAGGAUUGGCCAGUUCACUUCAUUACCUCCAGGGGGGCUGGGCCCAGGCAAGUGCCAAGGGCAGGACUGUCCUCAUAGGACUCCUGUUUUCUCCAACCAGGCUGGCACCACCACUCUGCCUAGUCAGGCCUGAUGUAGGAAAAGGUGUCCAGUUUCUUUAGCUGCUGCCCUGGUAGAUUCUGACCCUGCUGGGAUGCCCAUCCAGGACCUUUUCUAGACAUGAGUUCCCUUCAAUAUCAUGGUCAUGGACAUCCUAUUUCUGGGACUGCAAAUCAGGGGUGGUUGUGGGGGAGAAUGUUGCAUGUUGUUUUCUGGUGCUUAUUACACAUUUGAAUAAACAGUGCUGCGAGCAUUUGCCAUGAAGGAGCCAAGACUGGGGACCUUUGGAAUUUUUUUUUUCUCUUCUUUUCCCUUGCUCUAAGUUCUUG